AUGCUUUAUAACAAACCCAUGAGCAGUGCAAGAGAGAAAGAAAUGGGCUGUUUGGUCUCCGAUCAGAUAAGAAACGCGCGCGCUUUAGUGCAGAAAAGACUACGCAGAGAAAAAAGAAGUAAAAGAAAAUUGUUGGAGCAACUGGAAAUGGAAAGCAAGCGUAGAUCUCAAUUGGAAGAAGCUCUUAAGUGUGCUGAAAAACUGAGCUCUCAUUCCGAUCAAAAAAGAGAAUCUACAUCGUCAUCAUCAAAAAAUCCAACCACCUCGCAGACAAACAUGAAUCACAUUUCGCCCAUUGACAGGGAAAGGGAUUCCUCCAGAAAUAUGAUGGUGCAGGAACGUUUGGAGAGGGAGAGGGAGGAAAAUGCCACCACCUCCAUGCCUUCAGGUGUUCAUGGAUAUCCUCAGGGGUUAAGGGAUUCCAUGCCGAAUCCAGCAAAAGAGGAGAUGAAGCCUUGGCCUUACAGCGGCAUGGACUUGAUGAACACUGGAGCUGCAUUUUGGCAGAAUUAUUCCGAUUCCCUAGCUCAAGAACUGGAACUGGAGCGCAAAUCUCGCCAACAACACGUGGAACGUGACGUGAAAUCCCCCCUCCAAGAAAGAGGAGCAUACUACAAAAACUCAGUAUUAUUCACAAGCAGUGCGACGUAA